UGACCGCCUUUAUUUGUUGGUCGCGUCCUUGUAGUCAACAGUCCUUUCCCUUGUGAUUAUCAACGCUUGAUUCUUUUCAAGGACCAGUGUCUGCGACACUCGAUUGUCUCUUUCCUGAUGGUCUCGGUCUAGAUCUACAGUUUCCCUACCGUCUUGCUUUCCCCCUCCCUUCGCCGCACAUGGUUGAUAGUCCGAGAUGGACCCCGCCCAUAGAUCCUCCAAGAAUCUGGACUGUAUUCCCUACGAUGUGUUCUAUCAGAUCGCGUCCAGACUGGGGUCUCAAGACCUGGUCCAGCUGGGCCGCGUCAACGGGGCCCUAUACCGUCUCGUUCAGGACGAGAACAUUGCCCGCAAAGCCAUCGAGAAUGAACUGCGUCAUACCACUGAAGGCCAGGAAGCUAUUGCCGCCAGAAAAGGGUACCGCAAAGCUCUGGGACGGGCGUUCGACAUUCGAGAGGCCUUUGCGACUGCGCAGCCAUACUCGGCUUCGCUCCUCGCCUAUGGCAGCUCAUUUCUCUACAGUGGGGGUGCCCUGACCUACAUCUACAGGGAGGAGAUCCGCAUACUGGACGUUCACGGCGCAAGUUGCACUGAGCAAGUGUUGAACCUUCACCGAGUCGUGUCGCGAAUCAUCCCGUCCUGUGACCCGAACGAAGAGACGAUUCACAUCCGGCUCAUGCAGUAUCAUGACUGGAAUCUGGCAUUUACCGUGGAACGCGAAGACACGGAAGAAACCUGGCUGAUAGCCGUGGACAUGCGCCCCAAACUGGAGUGCCACAAGACAGGCCGAUUGCGGUUCAUCACUCGGUUGCCGGACACCCGACGGCUGUUUGUCCGGCUCAACACUCGGUACAUCUACUGGGGAACACACAGCAUGCUGAGCGCCGACGGGCAUCUGCAAUGGGUGGUCGAAUGCGCGGAUCUGCAGACGGGUCGCAACACCACCCGGGCGCCUCUGAUCCUCGACAACUUCUCCGGACACGAUAUUUCCCAGAACGUAUGUUUCGGCGUCUACGAUGACCACCUCUAUGCAGUGUCGACGAUGAUCGGCCACGAAGCGGAGGAGAUCGACUGGACCUCCUACUACGUGUGGCUGUGCGUGUCGCCCACGGAGGAGACCAAGCAGAGCACAAUCAACUUCAAGUGGCGGCGGCAGCACCGCGAGGGCCCCGUGAACGACACCUGGUCGGAUCUGUCCCUCCGGGUCGACGAGGCCACGAAGCAGCUGAUGAUCCUCGAGUGCCGCCGCGAAUGGAUCAACAGCGGCAGCGAAAACAUUCGCACGUAUUACAUGCAAUCGCUGCCAUCGCCGGCUGAGAUCGAGCAGAGUAAGCAGGAGCGCUUCGCCGGCUUACUCCGUCGGACCCGCAACGCACCACCCCCGCCCGCCGUGCUCCCCGAUGAGCCCCUGACGCGAACCCUGGACUCGACCAACAAACCCCGCUACGAACCGCCCCAAAAGCGCAUCCGCCGCCACUAUCACCAGGAAUACCCCCCGGGAACCGACCUCGCCAAACGACGCGACUUCAUCUUGGCUCGCACUAAAUACCGUACCUACAAUCUCUCGAGUUCGACAUUUGUAGACCUUGUUACUGAUGCGGCCGGACCCCAACCCAGCCACAGUAUCAACAGCACCACCACCUCUGGUCGCAUCCCCACCGACCAACUCCGCCUCCGUCUGACCACGCGCAAGCGCAAGUCCCCCAUCGACUCUGCAGGUGAAGAAGUCGAACCGGGACUGCUGUACCCACCGGAGCUGGACGAUCAAGACUCGGCCAGCCGCCCACCAAUCGACCACAGUGAAGAACGCUUCGAAUCGUUGGGGGUGCACAUGUGGCCCCCCGACCACGCACCGGCGGCGCUGACGCAGCUGCUUUCGCCCACGAAGCGCAUCGCCUCGUCGGAGGUGCGCGCCGCUGCCGACGAACGCUCGCUGGUGUACUCGGUGGAUGCGCCGGACUCUAGUGAUGGCGACCAAGCGAUUCUGUUCAUCAACUUUGACCCACUGCUGCGGCUGCCUGGACUGCAGCGAUUGGACAUGACGGACGGGAGUGUGCGAGCGAUGAAGCGGCCAGCGCAAGAGGCAGCUGAACCGACCCAUCCAGCAGGCAAGGGGGAGCGCGUUCGCGUUGGCGACGUUGCGCAGAUGGAGUCGACUAGGCAUACGAGUUUUGGAGCCAAGCGGACCGCGGCGGCGAGGAUGGGGAUGAGUAAAGGGGGAAGGGGGUCGCCGGUGCCCUCGGUGCGGGAGGAGGGGGCGAUGUAUCUGCGGCUGGGAAGGGGAUUUUGGUUGCGAUAGGGUAGGGGUGCUGCCGUAUGGUGGAUGGUUUGCUGGGCAAACCGCCGUGCUAGGAUCCAAGGGGAGUGGCUAAUAACUCCGGCAGG